AUGGAGGGGGAAACUGUACAAUCCACAAUUCUAUCUGAUCCACGGAUCUUGCAGCAACUUCCGGACGAGCUGGUCCAAAUACUUCGCACCACUCCGGGAUCAGAUCCGCUUGAUGAACUAUCACAUAUAUCCCUAAAUCCGACUUAUACGACAAAACUGUUCACUAUAUUCGAGCCCAUCUUUGUGAGCGUUGCCGCUAAAUGGCUUUAUCUGGACUCGCAUAUUUCCUCCGUGCAGGUCAUCGCCGCAUUUUCAAGAAUUCUACCGCUAGCGCAAUAUUUGCGGCCUCUCGUGCGCUUUAUCUUCCAGCGGCAGGAUGGAAGAUUGCCCCUAAUCUCCCUUUCGCGGCAUUUUGCCCCCCCUUCUAUGAGCGAUGAAAUGUCAAUCACAUUACUUUUAUCCCUAUUCCGUUUGCUGAGUUUCGACAGGGAGACGUUUUCUUUGGUUGUCUCCCCGAUUCAACUAGAAGCGCUGUUUUCUCACCCUCACAAGGUUGUGAGAUACUUAAGUAUCCGAUGUUUCUGCUUGUAUAUGCAUGCUGCCGAUGCUGCCAUGCAAGAGAUGCUCAAAAGGUUUUGUGGGAUGGAGUCGCUUCAUGGGCCCUGGGAAGGUCAGACCAUCGAUUUUAAAUUUUUGAGCCUUUGGGAAGAGGAAAGAUGGAAGGGUCUUUACGACCAGCUGAAAACCCAAAGGAAAACGAGUGAUCAGUCAAUAUUCGAUGCCUGGAUUCAACGUCUGCCAGGUUCAAACAAUAUCGCAAACAUCGGUGGUGUUCUGGUGCCAAAGACACGACAAGGUGGCCGCACGAGCCGCCAUGUGCUGGUAAAGACUCCAACGGUUAUGCAAAAUCUUCGGAAUGUUGGUCUUUCACUUCUAUCUCCUGAGCCCUUACUACUCGUGGGCCAACCGGGAGUUGGGAAAACAUCUCUUGUGACCGAGGCCGCAGAUCUGAUGGCGCAAGAAUCUACUAUGAUUACCUUACACUUGAAUGAACAAACUGACUUGAAAAGUUUGCUCGGUGUAUACUCCACAUCGACGAGAACCGGCGGUUUCGCCUGGCAACCUGGCGCUCUGACACGAGCUGCAAAGGAGGGAAGAUGGGUGUUGAUUGAAGAUUUGGACCGAGCCCCUUCAGAAGUUUUAAGCGUUAUCUUGCCCUUGAUAAAAAAUCGCGAGCUUGUCAUACCAAGCAGGAAAGAACGGAUACGUUGUGCGGAGGAUUUUAGGGUCAUUGCUACAAUGAGGUCGACUAUCAAUGCAAAAGGAGCUGAAGUGACACCAUCGGGAUCCAUGCUUGGAAGCAGAUUAUGGCGCCGCGUUCAAGUUGAAGCCUUACCUUCCGCGGAAGUUAGGCAAAUAAUAGAAGAUGAAUUUCCGCUGCUGACAACAGCACAAUACGUUGAUACAUUUCUCAGUUUAUAUCAUCGGAUAACUGGCAUAUUCCGGGCUUCGGCGGUUUCUCGAAGUCUCCAAGGGCGGUAUGUGGGCUUGCGUGAUCUAUUAAAAUUUUGUUGGCGGAUUGAGCGACGACUCGGCAAAAUAGGAAUCCUUACGGGCAGAGAGGCAAUCCCUGAACGGAUGGAUGAUGAAAUAUAUUUGGAUGCUGUUGAUUGUUUCGCAUCGUACAUACCCAGUGAGUCUCUUAAGACGAAAGUGACGAGUGGGAUUGCCGAAGAAUUGCGUAUAUCUCCCCAGCGUAUGCAAUUUUGCUUGUUCGAGCGCAUUCCCGCAUAUUCAGAAGAACAGGAUGGAAUCUUGAUUGGUCGAGAAUUGUGUCCCUCCUUGAAGAUGAUAACAGGCAAGAAAUCGAAACAAUUUGCAGGGAAAGGCUCUGCCUUUGCAUCAACGAAGGCUUCGUUAAGGACGAUGGAACAAGUUGCUGGGGCGCUACAGAUGUCAGAGCCAGUAUUGUUAGUUGGCGAGACCGGAAUCGGAAAGACUGCAGUGAUACAACGACUAGCAACUUUGCUAAAUCAGCGCCUUACUGUCGUCAAUCUUUCCCAGCAAAGUGAAACUACCGACUUACUCGGCGGAUAUAAACCCGUUAAUAUUCGUUCUAUUGCUAUCCCACUCGUUGACGAAUUUCGCUCAUUAUUUGAUGCUACCUUUUCUGCCAAAAAGAACCAGAAGUUUCUACUGUCCGUCGCAAAGAGUGUCACUGCAGGGAACUGGACCCGUUUACUUAACAUUUUAAACGAAGCUGUGAAAAUGGCAUCUAAUUUGUUUCAACAACCCAAGGAGACACUUGCAGAAGGCGAUGCAACCGGUUCGCAGCAGCCAGCCAAAAAAAGGAAACUGGAUUUCUCGAAGUAUGAUACUCUGAAAACAAGAUGGCAGUCUUUUGCGAAUGAUCUCGGUGAAUUCGAGAUGCAUGUUGCGCGCGGGGACGCCAAAGUCUCCUUCGCUUUCGUACAAGGGAAAAUCGUAAAAGCCUUGAGGGACGGCGAAUGGGUUCUCCUAGACGAAAUUAACCUUGCUUCACCCGAAACCCUGGAAAGCAUUUCAAGUUUGCUAAAUCAUGGCCGCGAUGGAAAACCUUCAGUGCUGCUUUCUGAGGCUGGUGAAGUUGAUUCCGUUCCGGGACACCCUGAUUUUCGUCUUUUUGGCGCGAUGAACCCAGCCACCGAUGCUGGGAAGCGCGAUCUCGCACCGGGCCUGAGGUCAAGGUUUACAGAGCUAUAUGUCCAGUCCCCUGAUGGCGAUUUGGACGACCUCUUGACCCUAAUCAAAACGUACUUGGGCCCAUUACUGCACCGAGACCAGACAGCCGCAGCAGCUCUAGCCAGCCUCUAUCUUGACAUCAAGAAACUAAACGCCGAGAACAAAUUGACCGACGGGGCAGGCCAAAAACCACAUUUUAGCAUUCGAACUUUGGUGCGCACACUAUUAUAUGUCGUUGACCAGGCACAUAUUUAUGGCGUUCGCCGUGCCAUUUACGAAGGAUUCUGCAUGAGUUUCUUAACCUUACUGGGAAAAGAAUCUGAACGUGUUGUUGCGCCGUGCAUAGAUAAAAAUCUUUUUGGGAAACAUGGUAAUUCUAGAUCUAUGCUUUCCCAGACUCCCAAGGAACCAGGGGAUGGGUCGCGAUAUGUCCAGUUCAAGCAUUACUGGAUGCGCAGAGGCAAUUUCGAACCCGAGCUACAGCAACAUUAUAUAAUUACGCCAUUCAUCGAAAGGAACCUGAUGAAUUUAGUUAGAGCUGGCUCCACAAGACGAUUUCCGGUUCUCUUGCAGGGUCCUACGUCGUCCGGCAAAACGAGUAUGGUCGAAUACUUAGCGAAAAUAUCAGGAAAUAAAUUCGUCAGAAUUAACAACCACGAACACACUGAUCUUCAGGAAUACUUGGGCUCAUACGUUUCGGGAGAAGACGGCUCUUUGCGAUAUCAGGAGGGUGUCCUUGUGGAAGCCUUAAGAAAUGGUUAUUGGAUUGUGCUUGACGAGCUUAAUCUUGCCCCGACUGACGUUCUAGAGGCACUGAAUCGGCUUCUUGAUGACAAUCGCGAACUCUUUCUACCGGAGACCCAGGAGGUUGUGCGCCCGCACCCCAACUUCAUGCUGUUUGCUACCCAGAAUCCAGCUGGCCUUUACGGUGGUAGAAAGAUUCUUUCCCGUGCUUUCCGUAAUCGAUUCCUCGAACUUCAUUUUGACGACAUUCCGGAAGAAGAACUUGAAUUUAUUCUAAAGGAACGGUCGCAGAUUGCGCCAUCAUUUUGCACGAGGAUAGUAUCUGUUUAUCGCCAGCUGUCGAUAUUGCGACAAUCGAGUAGGCUAUUUGAACAACGAAAUAGUUUUGCUACAUUGCGCGACCUUUUUAGGUGGGCGUCGAGAAGUGCAGACGAUCGUGAACAACUUGCUAUCAAUGGAUUUAUGCUCCUUGCUGAGCGCGUUAGGAAUUCGCAUGAACGUCACGCUGUUAAGAAGGUAAUCGAAAAGGUUAUGGGCGUUCAGAUUGACGAGGAGUCUAUAUAUAGCAUCGCUAGUUUGGAAACCCGUUUCCGCCAAUUGUCGGCGAACCCUCCAAGCGGAAUUGUGUGGACGCGCGCAAUGAGGAGACUCUUCCUUCUUGUUGCAAAUGCGAUCCAACACAAUGAACCCGUCUUACUUGUGGGAGAAACGGGCUGCGGCAAAACGCAGCUUUGCCAAGCUAUAGCAGAAGCUUGUGGAAAAGAGCUUUCGAUACUCAAUGCGCACGUUAAUCUCGAAACUGGGGAUCUCAUCGGUGCACAACGUCCUCUGAGGAAUCGAGGUUUGAUCCGAGAGCAACUUGUUACCGAUAUGUCCUCAGUUCUGCAAAGUCUAAGCGCAAUGCCAAAUCUCAUUGAACCAUCGUUAGAGGAUUUAAACACAGCCUUGACUUCUUUAUCUCCCGUUCAACUCGAGAAGUGCGACCAAAAUCUUCUGAGUCGGAUACGUUGUAAUUCCACCAGGAUUAACGCUCUCUUUGAAUGGUCCGAUGGAAGCCUCGUCUCAGCUAUGAAAAACGGACAACAUUUCCUGCUUGAUGAGUUGUCUCUUGCAGAUGAUUCAGUUCUGGAACGCUUAAAUAGUGUACUUGAACCGCACAGAUCGUUGUUACUUGCUGAAAAAGGCCCCGUGGACUCCCUCGUGGUUGCUGCCCCUGGGUUUCAGUUUCUGGCCACAAUGAACCCUGGUGGUGAUUACGGCAAAAGAGAAUUAUCAGCCGCCUUGAGAAACCGACUUACCGAAAUAUGGGUUCCGCAAUUGUCGGAAGCAGAUGAUAUUCUCCCUAUAUUAAAGGUGAAACUUCGCGAAUGUUUCUACGGCGCAGCAAUGCCAAUGAUGGAAUUUGCAAAGUGGUUUAAAGAGCAGUAUCAGGGCUCAAUUUCAGCUUCGAUCUCAGUUCGUGACCUGCUUGCUUGGGUAAACUUUGUGAAUGAUUGCAAAGACCUUGGACCAGUCUCGGCAAUGGUACACGGCGCAUGCCUAGUGUAUAUUGAUUCGUUGGGUGCCAAUCCUUCCGCAAUACUCGCUGUUGCGUCUGGAGAUCUUGACAAGGACCGUCGGCGAUGCUUAGAGAAGCUUGGAGAACUGUUUUCGUUUGACGCUGUUUCGGUUUAUUUUCGGAAAACUGAACUAUUUAUUGACGAAAAGCAACUGAAGAUAGGGCCAUUCUCGCUCGAGAUCAGUUUUUGUUCUCAACCGGAUCCUAGCUUUGCAUUAAACGCCCCUACUACGUUGUCUAACACUCUUAGGAUUGCCAGAGGACUUCAAUCGAACAAGCCAAUUCUCCUUGAAGGAAGCCCUGGUGUAGGAAAAACGACACUUGUUGCAGCAUUAGCCGGAGUCCUGGGGAAGCCGCUAACUCGGAUCAACCUUUCGGAACAAACCGACCUGACCGACUUAUUCGGAUCUGAUGUGCCUGUUGAAGGCGCCGGGAUUGGGAAUUUUGCUUGGAGCGACGCACCGUUCUUACAAGCCUUACAGCAAGGCGGCUGGGUCCUCCUGGAUGAAAUGAACCUUGCUUCUCAGUCUGUUCUUGAGGGGUUGAACUCCUGUCUGGACCACCGCCAGCAGGUGUAUGUCGCAGAGCUUGACCAGACGUUUAAGCGGCACUCGGAUUUUGUCCUCUUUGCAACACAAAACCCUCAUCAUCAGGGUGGUGGCAGAAAGGGGCUCCCUGCAUCUUUUGUUAAUCGGUUUACAGUUGUUUACGCCGACUCGUUUACGAAGAGCGACUUGGAGCUUAUUUGCAAAAGUCUAUCCCCUAAAGUCCCCCCCGAGCAGGCGGGUCUAAUGGUUGAAUUUGUUUCAGCCUUGAAUAUUCAGCUACUCAGUGACCGCCGUUUGGGAGUGAUUGGAGGCCCUUGGGAAGUGAACCUUCGGGACCUUUCUCGAUGGCUAAGAUUAUUGGAACAAUCCGAUUUACGGAUCCACCCGUCUCAGUUUCUCGACAUACUCUUCAACCAACGCUUUCGAACAUUGGAGGACAGACGCUCAGUCUCAAAGCUAUAUGAGAAGGUGUUUGGUCUAGCUCCUGAGCCCAAGAGCUAUUUUCACAACUUAAGUGCAGAUACUUAUUGUAUUGGGGUUGGGAGGCUUCAACGUGAUAUGUUAUUGCAACGUACUUACGGUGAACAUAUGGCCAUUAUACCGAGAGACCUUCCUAUCCUCGAGUCGCUUAUGCUAUGCGUGGAGAAUCGGUGGCCUAGUGUCCUCGUUGGUCCCUCUGGCUGCGGUAAAUCCGCAAUCCUGCAAAAGCUUGCAGCGCUUAACGGCGCCAAACUCGUUGAGCUGGCAUUGAAUGCUGAUACUGAUGCCAUGGAUCUUAUCGGUGGCUUUGAACAACGGGAUGAUCAUCGUCAAUUAUCCAUUUUUCUCGACGAACUAGCAAACCUCCUUCAAUAUAAUAUACUUCAGGCAUAUUCUAGGAGCGAGUCUAGUGGGCUCACGCCUGAGCUAUUGAUGCUCUACAAGCUUAUCAGCGGUAGUUCCUUCCGAACCGAACAGGUUGCUAGUUCGCUAUAUAGCAUCUCCAAUAGCCACCAGGACUCACGGUUUAAGCAGCUUUACGACCGAUGUAAGCAGCUCGUAUCCGAAAAUAACAGCGAUCAUAUCGGGUUCGAAUGGACAGAAGGCCUUUUAAUUCAUGCGAUACAACGGGGUGAUUGGGUUGUGCUAGACAACGCAAACCUUUGCAAUGCGACAGUUCUUGAUAGGCUGAACUCUCUCAUGGAACCGGAUGGAUAUCUCAUCAUCAAUGAACAGCGAACAGGUGACGGGACAAUUCAAGUUGUAAAACCGCACCCACAAUUUCGAUUGUUCCUCACGAUGGAUCCCAGAUACGGCGAACUUUCUCGCGCAAUGCGAAAUAGAUCCGUUGAAAUCUUCUUCCUGCAACAAGAUGAGUUGACUCCAGCCGAGCCCCACUUGGUCAACUAUUCCUGUGACUCUGCCGUAUAUCGCCUUAGGAAUUGCCAUAAGUUGGGUAGCGAUGUGAAUGAUACUGUUUUCAAAACCGCAUUGGACCAUCUGUCACCAGCAGAUAUCAUGUCAGUCAAUAAUUCGCCGAGAGCCUUCAUGCAAUUAUGGACUGGUCAGGGGACAGAUUCCAUGGAAGCCAUUCCUUCUGCGCUUGCUCGUUAUCAUUCUCUAAUCGCCAAUAAUUCUUUGAUUGGUUGGCCGGAAAACAUUCUCCUGAAGGGGUUGGGGGAUGGUAACCAAUUUCUUAAACACCAACAGGUUAUCGAGCCUCUUCACCCCUUGAUAAACGAACCACGUCGAUUUCACUCACCUCUAAGCCCCGAAGACUACUCUCUACUUUUGCGACUUGCUAAACUCCAGGAAAUCCAACUAGAUACUGCUCGUUUAUACCAAGAGUUAUGUCGCGUGAAGAACUUCGCGCAUAGCAAGAAGUCAUCUGAAAUGAACCGCCUAGAGCGCUCGAUGACCACUAGCGCAAUAGCUUCUCAUAGAAAGGAUUCUACGUCACUUCUUGCGGUCUUCUUAAACGACUCUUGCCAAGCACUUGCGAAUCUGAUCCGAGAUACGAAAGUGACCCUUUUAGACGACGAUAUUGUUGGGGCUGCAACUUCGAUUCUUGAGUUUUGCUAUGACAUUUUUCGGCUUGGUUCGCAAACAAAUUUCGAGGACGCGGUAUUCUUGACCUAUAUAAAAAUUGGACAGUCUAUUUCCGACGAAUAUGAAUCCGCCUCACGAUACAUAAUUGAGUACUGGUCUCAAUUGUUGAGCUCAUUCCAAGCAAACUGGCGUCUUAAUACAGGGCAAAGCAUGCAAAGAAUAUGGGAGGAGUGGAGACCAGCAACAGCAUCAGAUCCUGGUCAUCUGCAGAAGAUGAUAGAGCUAGAACAUCUUUGCUCACGCUUUGAUGAAGUCGUUCGGCUGACAAAAACCGGGUUUGCUGAGCUCAGCCAGCUAAGUGAUUCCCUUACACAGGCACAAACUUCUUUAUUGCUUGGUGCUGACGGUAGUCAAUUGGUGAAAGAUCUUUCACAUGCCAUAAAUGAGCUGACUGACCGAAAUCUCAACGUUGGCACUCGAGGGAGUCCCUACUUUUCCAGUGAAUAUGAAGCACUUUGUCAAUAUAUUGACUUAGCCGGCUGGUCUACGUUAAGGACUAAAGAUCCUAUCCACGGAACUCUCCGAUUACUCGCGGGCCGACCCUCGAAGUCGGAUGAUAUCUCGCCAUUUGGAAACGCGGUCCCAAGGCUCCUCUCGGAUAUUUCACGCUUUUCCGGAUUUCAAACCCUCAAUGACGCCCUUGCAUUGAAGGGUACCGUAUCCCUUUCACUUAUCCGAAAACUGAAACGUAUCGGAGAUGUAUCCCUCGGUCAAAUGGAGUUUCUUCAGUCCGAGUUGGGAAUCCUUGCCAAAGCCUUGAGCUCAAGCACCGUCCAAAUCGCGCAGGAUCAAUUCACUUUGCUCAGAAGCCACUUAAAGGAAUUGGUUAAGGAAUAUUUGAUUUGUCACCGCGCCAAUUUCAAAGAUGAAUCCUUUCAAGCGGCAAUCGGCGCCCUUGACAAUUUCGCCAAAAUGAAGGCUACGAGCAAUAUGGAAAUCAACACAAUUGAACUACAGAUUUACGGACAAGCGGCUUGUAAACAGGCGAUGCGUUCCGAGCCAAACUCAAUACUUCAUCUUUUCAUAGAUUCAGUUAUGGAAGAUGAGGGAUUGAACCCUUACCUGACAUACGGAAAAGCAUUGAUAAGGGUGGCAAUAGCAUUGCUUAGGAGUUUCAUUCCCGAUCGGCCUUUUGAUCCGUCAUUAGCGGUUGCCGUCGAAUGUGAACGAUAUCAGCAGCGGAUCCAGGAGAAAAGGCAGAAGAUCAAAGGCAUGAAAGCCUUUGAAACUAGAUUUUCCGGGCAAAGCACGAGCCUAAGGAUCCGGGCCGCGGAAGACGAGAUACGGCGACUGGGACAGGAGCCACCCCAGCCCCCGGUUUCUCGGCCCAAGCCAUCUCAACUGAGUGCUUUACAAGGAGAAUUCAUGAACAUUAUAACUUCUAUUCUCAGCAAACAUCCAGAUGAUAUUUUCGCUUCCUGCCAAGAAUCUAUCGAGCCUGCAAACCCUCAUUUGAUCCAGUUGAAUAUCCGACAAUUAUGCGCGCGACUCACCAGAAACUAUCGCGCAUACGACGAUAUCACCAUACUAGCUGUCCGCUUUCUUCAAUUGCUUGAUUUGGGGAUAAGCCUUUCUCGAUAUAGCCAGGUGUCGAUGACUGAUCAACAAAAGCUCAUCCGGGAUAUUAGUCGAGUCACCCCAUUGUUAGGAAAUUCGCGUAUCACACAUUCCGGGCUUCAAGCAAUCGGAUCUUACCAUAAUACGCAGUACAAUACACAGACAGAUUUGUUUUGUUUGUCACUAAUCGGUGCUUCGCAAAACACGGAUCCUGAAACCCUCGAGGAUUCUAAUUAUCGAGAUCUCCUACGAACCCUUUUGCAAAAGCUCUACAUGCAAUGGAAAGAAUUGUUGAAUAAAAACCAAGAAAAAGAAGCUGAACAGUCUGCUUUGUUUCGUUAUCGAGGAUCGCUUGAAGCUCAAGAUGAGAUGGAAGCGGAAGAAAUGCUCCACAUGUUCCCUACGUUUGAUGCGGAAGCUGAAAAUUGCAGACAAUCGCAACCCACAUUUGAUAACAAAGGCGUGGCGUCAAAGCUAUCCAACCUCUUCAAGAGUCUUUUCAGCCAGGAAACUAAAGAAAUGAAACUUAGGGAACUUCUUAUGGAUGCUACCGAGCUGAUAGCGUCUCUUCUGCCCGAAGCCAUACCGGCGCCUUUCGCGGAACCACAAUAUCAGCUUCCCGCAGUCUUGCUAUCACUCCAGACGGAAAGCCAUGCAUCGCCUAUUGGAUCUUACAACUUCUAUAUGGACCCUAAUUUAUCAGAAGCUAAGAAACUUGCCGAUCUGGUUGGAAAGAUCCGGUGGCGAUUCUUCAAAAUCCAAGACUCCUGGCCUGAGCAUGCAACUCUGGCAGAUGUCAUUACGUGCUGCUCUGAGAUUUACCAAUUCAAGCACCAGGAACCUGUUGCUAAAUUUCUGACCAAGGCUGAAAAGCUGCAUGGAUAUGUCCACGAAUGGCAAACAGUUGCAAGUAGAGAAUAUUCUGCAGCUGACCUAUAUGACGAGCUUACCGCUUUGCUGAUAAGCUGGAGGCGCCUUGAAUUAUCAACCUGGGCUCGCUUGUUGGAUAUUGAAUCCGAAAAAUGUGAACAGGACGCCAACGCUUGGUGGUUCGUCGCCUAUGAAGUGAUCGUUGCGACGCCCUUACAGUUAUUGCGGGAGGGUCAAGAUUUGGGUAACCAUAUUCGCGACCUUAUAUCGACACUAGAGCAAUUCCUCUGUGCAACUCCAAUUGGACAAUACUCCUCUAGGUUACAGCUUCUGGAAAGAUUCAACUCGCUUUUACGACUUUAUGUUGUCGAUUUCCCUUCCUUGAGUCAGCUUAUUUCCAGCCUGGCGAAUUUGCUCGACCACUACAGACCAUUUGUGCCAAUUUUUGAAGUGCAGCUGAUGAAUGGCCGCAAAACUCUUGAAAAUGACCUGAAACAAGAGGUUCUCCUUGCAAGCUGGAAAGAUACCAAUAUCACCGCGCUUCGAGAGAGCGCACGACGCUCUCAUAGCAAAUUGUUCAAAGUAGUGCGAAAAUACCGUGCGCUUUUGGCCCAACUCUCGGAUGGUAUCAUCGCAAGCGGAACUCCUGCAAUCGCCUACGAGUCGCAACCUGGUGUGAAGGUUGCCCUUAAUAAGCCGAAAGUGGCCUUCUCAGCCGCUCUAAACAUCUGUCGAGAAUGCACCUCUAUCUGGAACUCAAGGCCAACUCGGUUCAAAGAUCCCGACUCGACUGUAGAAAACAUGCGCAACAUGUACCAAAAGUCUCUUUCCAACUUUAGCAUUUCACUAGAGUUGGAUUCAUAUAUGCGCGACGUUGUUGAAAGUAUUGCAGAUUUUAAGGCUAAAACUCCUAGCGUGUUCACUGAGGAAAACAGAGAUGAGGUACAACAUCUCAAAGUUCAGAAACGGAGAUUCUAUGCAGAUAAAUUACGAGAGCUUCGUCAUAUGGGAGUUCGUUCCAAUCUCGGGACUGAUAUAUUGGAAAGGCAGACGUCGACCCCGGCUAUACUAGCAGCCACUCCAAAUCUCCCGAUUCUCGAAGGAUUCAGUCAAGUGGAGAGCUCGAACACUUAUUUCCAUAGAUUUCUGGAUUUGGUACCGAAGGCACGACAGGCGGCUCGAGAUUACUCAGAAGACUUGAGCAAUGUUGAAGCCGGAAGGAGCGCCGGCUUCGUCGAAGGCCUCCUAUCUCGAACACUAGCCCAAAGAGCAGCCUUGCAUCCAGCAUUCGAUGCGCUUGAGUCGCUCACGAAUAUCGUCCAAGAUAUGGAUAGCGUAUGGCACUUGGGCAAACAGGGUCUAAAUGUUAAUAUCACAGUGGCCAGUGAUCGCAAGGCUCUUCAAGGAGCUCUGAGAUGGCUUUCGGUGCUUCUCGAAACUUGUGUUACGAUUUUGAGCAUUCACGCACAAUACGCGGAGAUUGACUCGUCGCACGUACUUAAAGAGUUGACUUCGAAGAAGAGUGAACUAGAACGCUCACAAAUUGAGCUGCAAAGCCUAUUAAAUCUUCCAGAAGGGUUGUCCUCGAGUAUCCACGACGACCAAAUCUCACGGGCUCAGAAGCUUUUGACAGAAGUUCGAAACGAUGUGGUACGCUUGAGCAAAGAUCACCCUAACAUGGCCUUCGCUUUGGACCAAAUCCUUCCUUGGACAGAAGUUAGUUUAUCAGAACGUACGGUGGUGGAGGACCAGAAUUCUGCCGUUCCCAUUGAAGCCUUUGAUAGUUCAAUUCUAUCAGCCAUUGACAAGGUGUUUGUAGUGCUUCAAAGACUUCACAGCUGUCUACAAGCCUGUCCUCCUUCUACCGAAAACCAGGGCUGGUUGAUGAAAUGCGACAGUACCCUUUCAAAAGCGCUCGAAGAACUUCAUAUGGCCGAGAUUACAGAUACUAUCUCGUCUAUAUUACAUACCGUAAAACUGGUUCGAGUCGAAAGGCCUAGUGAUUUGAACACAGCGGCAGCCCUUGUAGGCUCUGUUCUGCCAAUAGUGCAUCAGUACCGAUUUAUCUGUAUGGACAUGGUUCACCAAUACGCAAAUUUACACCGUGAAGUCUGUAAAAUGGGUUAUGUUCUCUCUAGCUCAUUUAUACGCGUGGCUUCUGAAGGAUUUUGUAGCCCUCAAGAGGCUUCUAAUGAACAAGGUCCGAGCGGGAAGUUGGAAAGCGGGACAGGCCUUGGUGAGGGCGAAGGCGCUGAGGACAUUAGUAAAGAUGUGCAAGAUGAUGAGGAUCUUUCUGACCUAGCGCAGCAGAAAUCAGAGCAGAGAGGCGAAAACGACGAAAUCGAAGCGGCAGAUGAUGCAGUUAACAUGGAUCAUGAGGAGCUCGAAGCAGAUACGGAGGAUUUUGAGCAGAAAGAGAAGACCGAUGAAGACGAGGACGGUUCAGAAAUGGAAGAUAACGACGACGUGGAUGAGGAAGUUGGGAGUGUUAAUGGAUGGGACACAGAAGCAGUGGAUGAGAAACUCUGGGAUGGCGAAAAUGACCCCAACCAUAAAGAUACUGAAAACGAAAAAGGCAAAGGGUCAUCCGACACAAACGAGCAAGCAGCAGCCCCUGAGACGAAAGAUGGUGAUGCAGCGGAAACGGAAGAUCAGGACGCUUCAAGUGACAACGAAGGUUCUGAGGCGCCCGACAAUGAAGCAGAGGCCAUUGGCCGUGAGGAUAUGGAUGUGACUGAAUCAAACAUGAAAGAAGAAGAAGUUUUGGACUUGCCAGAUAAUAUGGAACUUGAUGAACAAGAGAAGGAGGGCGCUUCAGAUCUGGACGAUGGUCUCGAUGAUGAUUUUCCAGAUGAUGAUAUGGCCAUGCAAGAACCUGAAGUGGACGACAAUACGUCAGACUCCCCGGACCAGGCUCAGGAAGAUGAAAUCAUGGAUGACUCCCCAGAGGAACAACAAACUCUCCGCGAAGAUGAGCAGGGAGAGGACACAACUGAUGCCCUUGGAGAAGAUGAUGAGAAAGACGUAAAGGCAGCAGAAAGGGCAGACAAGGAUCCAGGGCAGACAGAAGUAGCUCCCAGUGAGGCGGUUUCAGCAGGUCUCGAUAAUGAACAAAACGAUGACAAGGGACAAUCCGGAGAGGCCGUCACCGAGCAAGCGUCUAAAGAUCAAACGGAAGCUAAUCAGAACGAAGCCAGCAAUGCAGACGGUGGUGAAGAAGGUGAAGGCUCUGGCAAUCAGGCCGGUGGUCGAGCGGAGGACGCUGUUGAAGAUCCUCAGCUUCAAGCCUUCAAGAAGUUGGGUGAUAUUUUAGAACAAUGGCAUCGAUCUCAAAAGAAAAUCAAAGAAGCAUCCCAGGACCAAAAUGCUGAAAAUCAGGAUCGCGACAUCAACAUGAAGGAAGUGGAUUUUGAACAUCUAGCCGAUGAAGAGGAUGUUCCGGAUGCACAAGCACUUGGUCAGGCAAGUGAAGAGCAGGUGAGAAACGUCGACCAAAGUAAAGCGAUCGAAUCAAAUGAGAAUCCCGAUGAUGAAGACAUUCUCCUGGAUGCCGGUGACGUUGAUACUGUGGAUCAGACCCCAGCUUUGGAAGAUCUCAUGCAACUCGACAACAUAACUGCUCAGGCACACCAGCAAGACCAGAAAGGAGCGCUGCCACUUGCUACAAUUAAUACUCGCGACGAGCCCGCUUUAAAUGAGCAAAACGGGGAACUUGAGGUAGAAGAAAAUAUAGAUGACAUGGAUCGCCAUCUUUCGGCAAUUCACCUGACAUCUGAACUCCCUCCUCUUACUCCUCCGGAUGAAGCACGAAGGCUCUGGUCCCACUAUGAGUCAAUUACUCAUGAUCUUUCACUAUCUCUGACAGAGCAAUUGCGAUUGAUACUUGCUCCAACAAUGGCCACGAAGUUAAGGGGGGAUUUCAGAACCGGAAAACGCCUCAAUAUUAAACGCAUUAUUCCGUACAUCGCGUCGCAGUAUAAACGCGAUAAAAUCUGGAUGCGUCGCUCCGUGCCCUCAAAAAGAAAUUACCAAAUCAUGCUGGCUGUUGAUGACAGUAAGUCUAUGCUUGAAAGCGCCAGCGGUCAGCUUGCUUUCGAGACCCUUGCGCUUGUAUCAAGAAGCCUUAGCAUGCUUGAAGCUGGUGACCUUUGCAUUGUUAGUUUCGGAAAUGAGGACCACGUUCGAGUAGCGCACGAGUUUGGCAAGCCGUUCUCUUCUGAGGCAGGCACACAGGUGUUCCAGCAAUUUAGUUUUAAGCAAACCGGCACAAACAUGAAGAGACUCGUGGAGGAAUCGAUGGCGCUGUUCCGCGACGCUAGAGCAAAGCGGUCAUCGAGUAGUGGCGGAGAUCUCUGGCAGCUUCAGCUGAUUAUUUCGGAUGGUAUCUGCGAAGACCAUGACGAUAUUCGGCGGCUACUUAGACAAGCACAAGAAGAGCGGAUUAUGAUUGUGUUUAUCAUUGUCGAUGCAGUCAACGAGGAAAGCGGUUCGAUAAUGAACCUCACCCAAGCUACCUUUGAAGCAGACGAGUCUGGCGCUGGGGGAGGCAAGUGGAGAAUGAAGCGAUAUCUUGAAGGAUUCCCAUUUCCGUAUUAUCUGAUUGUGAGGAAUGUUCAAGAGCUACCUUCGAUUUUGUCUUUGGCGUUGAAACAGUGGUUUGCUGAGGUGGUCGACGUGUCAAUGUAG